AAACACUUGAGGUGCAGCGAUGACACACCGCAAUGUAGCCGCUGCCGAAGUAAGGGCCUCGAGUGUAUUCGCCCGGGGAGGACGAAGCCCUUUCGACAAGGCUCUGCCGCCAACUUUGACUACCGCUUUCCCGAUUCGCAGACCUGGCUGAGGAGCAACGCACGGGAAUUCCGUCUUUACACAAGCUCUCGAGGGCGUGCCCAACGUAUACCCACCGAGGCCGACCCUAACCUCGAGGAUGACGCCCUCGAAGUCCCUACUGGCGUAGAUCGUACUCAGGUGCACCAAGAAAACGAUCAUUCGACUGAAGCUCGCCAAAUCCGAGAGGCAUGUCUCCUGGCUUACUAUGUUGAUGAACUCUCUCACUGGUUCGAUAUUGCGGACCCUUUACGGAGCUUUGAGAUUCUAGUCCCUGAAAGAGCAAAACAUUACCCUCCCCUGCUCAACGCCAUAUACGCCGUCUCUGCACGUCACAUUUGCCGUCUGCGGCAGUACAGGACCCCUGAUGGGCGUAUAAUGUAUCGUGAUCAGCUACUCCAUGAUACUCACCCCGGCACAGCAGUCGAGUACAUGCUAAAGGCACUCCCUGCUCUGCGCGGAUUUCACACGACCUACGACGAGGACACUCGCGGACUCAUGGUUGCCACAGCCAUCAUCCUACGACAAUUCGAAGAGAUGGAAGACGACCAUGAUGAUGACGAAGAAGAGGCGAAGCGAGCAGACCCCGAUUCCCCUAACACCCCCCCUCAAAGGGUCAAUUUCUUGUCUAUUAUCAGCACCGUCCUCAAGAGCUCUAAUACGGAAGAAUGGUCGAACCAUUCCAGUCUCUUAAAAGCGUCAUAUUGGAUCGCGCUUAGGCAAGAGAUUUACUAUGGCCUCCUGAAAGGCCACCCUCCAGAUUUCGUACAGACACCCCAGAUUUAUGCGAAUGCAUCUCCCACAAACCGACUGAUUAUACAUGCUAGUCAUGUUACGGCAUGGCACUUUGACGGUAGAUCGGAGCAAGAGUGGUUGAUACUGAAACAACAAGAAGAAACUCUAGAGGAGACCGUGGUGAAGCAAUUCGAGCCCAUACUAUCAUUGCCACCUAAGAAGGAAGAUGGCCAUGUUUUUCCCAUAAUAUGGUACCACUCGGCCAUUGGACUUACCGCGAUGCAGCACUUUUUGCUCGCAAAGAUGAUUCUUCUGGCCGAGUCGCCCUUAUUAGCACAAUCAUCCGAUGCCAGGUCGGCGUUUAGAGAGGCAGAACUGCGAGUUCGCUCCAUCGCGCUGGAUAUCUGCGGUAUUGCGAUACAACACCCGAAGACUCCGCCUGCUCUGGUGAACGCGGCGUUGGCGAUUCAUCUGUAUGGCCAUUUCUUUGUGGACCAUUACGAGCGACAGGCACUUAAGGGCGUUAUCGGUCGGUUUCGUGAUGCAUGUGCUUGGCCAGUACCAAGGCCACUACAGCAGUUCGAGUGA